GACUGGCAACCAAGGAACCUAAGUCCCAGCAGGGACCCAAGGCACCUUAGAUCACGCGCAAGCAACGAUCGAAGAUGGCUGAAUCCGCUGACUCCAAUGCGCCGAACAGCCCCAAGAGGCCGGUAACUCCUCCAAUGCCAGUUCAGCAGGCUGACGAAACGCAGCUAGCGUUUUUUGAACGUCUCAAAGUAUACUCUGAGACCACGGCAGCCGAACUUCGCAAAUGGGAAGAGGAGGAAGCCGCCCGCCAGCAAGCAACUCAACGCCAGCUGGCAGAGGCCGAGGCAGCACGGAAGCGAGCAGCAACCGAAGCUGCAGCAGCAGCAAGGCUCCAACAACAACAGUUGGAGGCAAGUCAGAACCAAGUUCGUUACCAGGCUACACUGGACCUCUCAAGCGGCGAAGCCACGUAUGGCAGGCUACUUCGAAAGCAGCAUUUUCAUGCAACUGCCAAGAAAGAGGAGCCCACAGACGCAGACAAUGACAAGGAAGGGAUCGCCAUACUGAUGGAAAAUUUGCUAUACACGUGCAACUGGCAGCAACGCGAACUGCUGGCCAUACGUCAGGUUUUGAUCCGCCAUGAGGCGACACUCAAACCGAUGGACCAGAAGAUCGCUACGUUGCAGUCCGCACAAAGUGUCCAGCAAGACAUCAACGAUCAACUGCAGGACAACGUCAGCACGGGGAUGGCCCGUCUAUCUGCAGUUGAGUCAUUGGGCUGCACUGUUCCUGACAGCAGCCCCGCUUUGGCCGCUCAAGCCAAGCAACUCGAAGAGCGGAUUAACCACCUGGUAGCAUCCCUUGGCGACAUCAGCAAGUUCGCUGGCGCGUCAACAGUCAGCAUUCAGCUGCAGACGCUCAACGACCGCGUUCAACAACGCACAACAGCAGUCGUCAAGGAAUGGAAGAUGCCGAACUUCAAGAUUGAGAAGUUCGACGACUACCACAAAACCGAUCCGCUGCAAUGGUGGAUGGGGUUCAACGCGGAGGCCGACGUCCAUCAUACUCCGCCCCUACGGCGGAUGGAUGCAUUGUACCUCCAACUUAUCAGCGGAGCACAGGCAUUCAUGACGCACAUGGCCGUCACGCUUGAAUGCACCAUCGCCACCCUCCACACGAAAAUCACGUGGGAGGAGUUCGAAAAGAAGUGGAAGACCCGGUUCAUGGUCAACAAUGACAAGCGUCACACCUUGAACAAGAUCUUCUGCAUCUUCCAAGGCCAGCAUCUGUCACGGGAAUGGCUGACGGAGUGGCAACGACUCGUCGCCACCCCGGAAUUGAAUCUGCCAUUCGACUCGAUCCGAGGCGAGUUCUUCACCCGAUCUUGCGACGCCUUGACGGUUGCACUUGGCAGCGAAUUCCAGUAUGAGAACUUUGACGACAUGAUCGCCAAAGCAAGAGAACUCAUACGAGGUAACCGGUGUGCAGCGAACGAGACUCGACCGCAGCCCGGUUACGUGGAGAAAAGCAAAGGUCAACGGACGCCGCAUGUAGCCGCAGUCCAACAAGGACCAAGUGAGGACCACGCAGCCGCUUCAACAUCAAGUGACGGAGAUGUGGCGGCAGCAAUACCACUGCGAAGCACGAAACCCCGAGGGGGAAAGAAGGCGAAAGAAGCGUCAGCAAAUGGAGCACGACAGGAACCAUGGGCGAAAUCCGGGCUCACCGAAGAGAUGUUCAAAAUGCGCCAGAAAUGGGGAUUACCACCUCCAUCGACGGACGGUGGAGUAGCGGUUGUUGACCUCCGCGACUACCUUGCGAAGAUCGACCGCGAGUACGCAACGCAACGGUACGUCGACAACGACGCGCCGCUCCUCUACAUCCGCAUUCAGAUCGGGAAGGCGACCUUCAGCGCCUUGAUUGAUUGUGGAGCGUCUCGCAACUACAUCAGCCAAGACUUCAUGACACGCGACAGGCUGGGCCCGCGCGUUCGAAGGAAAAGUCAGCCUACGCACGUCACGUUGGCCGAUGGUCAUACGCAAAAGUCAAUCGACCGAUGUGUUGACUCGGUGCCUGUGUACUUUGCCCCGCUAGCAUGCGAGGCCGUGUCUUUCGACAUAUUGGACAAUAAGUUCGAUAUGAUCCUAGGGAUGUCGUGGCUGCAAAGCGAAGACCAUCCGGUGAACUUCUUCCACCACACCGUUCACGUUCGUGAUCGGCGUGGCGAACUAGUCCCGUGCACGGUGCCGCCUCCUCAUCCUUCGAUUGGUUGUCACGUGGUUUCCGCGGCGAGCAUUCGCCAAUCCAUCAUCCGGCACGACGUCGAGGAGAUGGGCAUUUGUUUUCUUCAUGCCCUCCCACCCAUUGACCAGCCCAAGACGGACACAUCGGAUCCACGCGUAAUCGAGCUGUUAGACAGCUAUGAGGAUGUCUUCCAAGCUCCCGCCGGAGUCGUACCGGAUCGGCCCAUUCGACACGGGAUCCCUCUCGAAGAUGGCGCCGUACCUCCGCGCGGAUGUAUCUACCGCAUGAGCGAAGAGGAGCUUCAAGCGCUUCGCGCACAACUAGACGACCUCUUGGCCAAGGGCUGGAUUCGCCCUAGCUGCUCGCCAUACGGUGUUCCCGUUCUCUUCGUCCGGAAGAAGAACAAGGACCUUCGGUUGUGCAUCGACUAUCGAAAACUCAACGCACAAACGAUCAAGAACGCCGGCCCUCUCCCUCGGAUCGAUGAUCUUCUCGAGCGACUCGGCGGCGCCAAGUACUUUUCCAAGUUGAACCUCAAAUCCGGUUACCACCAGAUCGAGAUUCAGCCAAGAGAUCGGUACAAGACCGCCUUCAAAACGCGGUAUGGGCACUUUGAGUGGAUCAUAAUGCCAUUCGGUCUCACCAAUGCCCCGACUACUUUUCAAGCGGCUAUGACGACGGAAUUCCGCGACUUGCUCGACCGCUCUGUGCUCAUUUACCUCGACGACAUCUUGGUUUAUAGUCGGUCGUUGGACGAGCAUCUCGGGCACCUUCGCGCCGUUUUGGACCGGCUGCGUAUCGCCAAGUACAAGUCAAACCGCGACAAGUGCGAGUUUGCCCACCACGGGGUUUCGGAAGACAUCGUAAGCGACCGCGACACUCGUUUCAUGUCAUCCUUCUGGACUGCACUCAUGGUGGAAUCCGACACCAGCAUGAAACCGAGUUCCACACGGCAUCCUCAAACGGAUGGGCAAACAGAACGUGCGCACCAAAGUGUGCAGAUGAUGCUCCGCACACUCAUCCGCCCGGAUCAAAAGGACUGGGUCGACCGGCUUCCCGACAUCGAAUUCGCCUACAACACUUCAGUGCACCCGACGAUUGGUGUGACUCCAUUCAAGUUGCAUCACGGUGGUCGGAAAGGCCGCAUCUUCGCAGACAUCUUGCUUCCACGGGCUGCCGAUAUCGACGCCGCUUGCUCCCCCGCUUCUACACGGAAGUAUCGGGAACUGUUGGCCAAAGCCCGCGCCAAUAUGCAGAAGGCUCAGGUCCGCAUGCAGCAGCAAGCGAACCGGCGUCGACUCCCAUGUCCGAUCCGAGGUAUUGGCAGUGCAAUAUUGAUUGCCUCGUCCAAGCAUAAUCAACGAAUAGCUCUGCAACAGGCAAGGGAAAGAGAAGCGAGAGCGUUGAGACGAAGGAUGGAGAAAGCUGGCGGUGGUGGUGGCGAUGCGGAUGACGAGAGGAUGAUCCUCGACUUCCGCUUCGGCUUCGAAGGAAGUGUUUUCGAGAGACUCCACGUGUCACCCGUCCAGCUAGCCGAGCUCAUCUUAUUGUGUCACGAGGAGGACGCGGAUCUGUUCCACGAAUUCAUUUCAGAGCCAGGAAGAAUCAGUCUCAUGAAGGAAAGCGUUGAUGAUUUCGGCGCCAACUUCAAAGACUAUUGCCGGACUAAGGGGCUUGCGGAAAAGGACGCAGUCCUCCUCGCCGAUAUGGCGACGAAUUUUGCUGCCGAGCUCUUGCACGGCAAAAAUAAUGAUGAUGAUAAUAAUGACGAUAGUGAUUCUAGUGAUUGGAGUGAUGAAGAGGAGGACACGCCAGGUACAGAAGUUGAGGAGAUUUCCAUGUUAUUUCUUCGCCAUUGGGUCUCAAACCUCUCCCCUCAGUUUGGGCCCUAUCUUGGCCGCUGGGGCAGGAACGUCAAUCGGGAGAGUGAUCAGACUAUCAGCAGGAAAAUCUACACCACCUGCGAGAAGAAGAUCAGGUCAGAACAUAAAAAGCCUUUGGGAGCCAUCCCGGGAUUUCUUAGCGGUUCUCUUGUGGAUUUUGACCUUGUGGAUGCGGACGGUCGAAAAUACCCUUUGCGGAUGCUGAAGUUCAUUGGAAUGUGCGAGAAUCCGAAUAUAUGGUAUGCGCACAUCAGGGAGCGAGAGACAGGUGCACUUAUUGCGAAAGUGCACAACAAUUCAUUGUGGGAGGAGCACGUCAGGGUCGUUGCGGAGGAGCUGAUUGAAAGGCAAUACAAGCCGCAUGGAGAUAUCCCGACAAUGCUGAGAGGAUGGUUUACCCCAGGUUCUCCAGAGUACAUGCGGAGGACCUUUGCGGUCAGGGACGACGGUGUGGGUAAAAAUUAUGCAGUGUCCUCACCAGAAGGGUGGCAUUUAUUCCUCCCUUGUUGACCUCUCUUACCUGAAGAGUUAGAAUCUCUUACCAGUCUCCACAAAGCUUCUGACAAUUCCGGAUACCUUUCCUACUCACAGCGGUCUGAGGUGGAGCGGCUGAUUCCUGUCGCGGGUUCCCUGGCAAAGCUGAAUCCUUCCUAUGAUUCUCUCCAAUGGUUCGCCGGCGAGUUCGGGCUCCGUCUCUCGACAAUGGCCGAUGUGAAGCGCCGCCGGCGCACUCAUUUUGCCUGCCUAUUCAAGGGGUCGAUAUGGGAACAACUGCCAGAAGAACUGAUCUCGCGGAUCAUAGACUAUCUUUCUCCCGGGUACAUGACUUGUCCACCUUUGGCGAGGUCUUGGUGUUUGUCUAAUCCUGAGAGUGCUAGCCUCUACAGAGGGUGGGCAGCCAAGCAACAUGUGCGCCAGGUUCGGAUGAGAGAGGAGCCGCUCGUUCUGGUUCUCUGACGGAUGACAGUUUUUGGUUGGUGGAAAUCUGGGCCAACAGCGGGCAAGGAUGACAACCAGAGGAAGCUACGGGAAGAGGGAGGGAGAUUUGUGAGGCUGAGCUGUGCAGCAGGCAGAAAAGGGCGGAGGUGCUGAUGGUAAUAAUGGCAGAAAUGCAGGUGGGAAUGAAGGAGCCUCCGGACCAGUUUUAGUCAGAGAUAAUGUUGUCACAUCUCCGAGCGCUGGACCGGCUGAACUGAUUUUAAUCGCAGACAAUGUUGACACACAAACCAAGGGCGCGGCUGAGGAGAAUUAGGCCAAUAAUAAUAAGCUGGGUCCUUUUGGCAAAGGAGUUCCUCAUUCUCAGCAGAAGGUGAUACUGACUGUUGACAUAAAGAGAGAGAGAGAGAGAGAGAGAGAGAGAGAGAGAGAGAGAGAGAGAGAGAGAGAGAGAGAGAGAGAGAGAGAGCUUCAAGGGCAUGGAUGGCAUUCGCUUUGUCAUUUUACUGCUGGGGUUGCUUUUUCUCCUGACAGUGGACAUGUAUUUUACAAAUUAGGAUAGUGUAUUUUGAAAGUAAGAGAAUAUGGAUUGUGUCCAGCAGCGGAGUUCUCGUGGCUGUUGUAAGGGUUGGUUGUUUGGUUACUGUUUGGCAGAGACUCAGAUAGCAUGGCUUGACUAAGUUGACUUGGGUGCACACUCAAGCAUAACUGUGGGUAGGUGGUCAGGAUUACAUCUUGUGUAUAUCUCUGACUGUGAGGGCUUGUGAACCACACAAGCCUAACUGUGGUUAGGAUGACAUCUGGUGUCUAUCUCUGUCUGUGAGGGUGUUGUCAUACGCCUCAUUUCAGAAUCUCCGUUUUUGCUUUCUUUUCGUUUUUGUUUUGUGAUUUUUCAUGAUAAUAAUUGUUUUGCACAGUUUUUUUUCAGACAUGGGCUGAAUGAGAUGAGCCGAAUAGAUUAGUGAGCACUGAGGGCACUCGCUACCCGGUUGAUUGAACGAACGUGCUGAUCUGCAACACACCUUCGGGAGUGAGCUUUGUACUAGGGCUGCUAGUAGGCCGUGCCGCUGUAGUACAUGCCAUCUACUUUUGCACAAUGUCAUAAGCAGUGACUUGCAGAGCGUGAUUUGGUAUAUUGUUUUCACCGAGUGUAAUAGUCGUGGUCCUUGUGAAGCAAGAAGUGCGCAUUUGAUAUCUUUUUUUGGAACCUCACGCAGCGGGAAUCAGCUGAUGCCCCUGGAUUGAUGUUCAUUGGAAUGGUGGUGAUGUUUCUGAGGUCUUUUUACCCAAGGUUCUUUGAGUUCCCUUUGGUAUGAUAUUCAUGGUUGAGA